AAGUCGUUGCACUCAAAGCCUUCGCGCAUUGGCAACAACCUCCAUCAGUAAUAUAGCUCGGUUGAUAUUAUAUUGUUGAUGUAGUCAAGUUUAUUCUAUGGUUUUGAAAAAAACGUAAUCGUAAGGAUUGCCAUUGUAGCGACAGGCAUGUCUGUGAGGCCGGACUGAGGGCAGGAAGUGGCCCACGUAUAUCAGCGCGCGGGUUAUUUACAAAUUGUAAACAGCGCCAUUGUGCUAACUGUCUCUAACGUCGCCUAUCAAAUGGGCGAAAUAGCUUUCUUAUCAGCGUUCACUUUAGUAAUGAUUUAAUCACAGCUUAAUUUCAGAGAGCGUCUUCAAACAUAUUCAUUCCGGGGGCAAACCGAAUAAGAAGAGCAGUUAGUGAAAACAAAAUGCUAGCUGGCUAACCGUUAGCUCGGGUUAGCUGUCGCGAACAGUCACUUAACGUUAUCGCCGUACGUUUGAAAUAGCUAGCUAACAUACAUGGAGGAAAACUACCCUACCUUGAGGAGACCAAAGAGGAAACUCUGCUACAUGCCAAACAAGAAAAGUACAUCUAAUCAAUGGGUGGGAAAGCUGGAAUUGGAAGACAUCGAUAAGAUGUUUGACGACUUGGAGCCAUCCUCGCUUGAAGAAGAUGACCCAGUACCUCAGUCGCUUCUGCUCCAGAUCUCUGAGACUGGGACUGACGCAAAUCAGACGGGUAGAGACUCUCCUUCAGACCCGGAGAAGGAAGGACAACUAACAGAAAAAGUUCCAGUUUGCCAUAUGGAGCCUAAAGGAGAUCUACAUCCUACAACAGGGGCACCCAGUCCAAAACUAGACAUUGAUUUGGACAUCCCAUUUGAAGUGCAUGGCCCAAGAAAGACAUCCAGCCCUAUUGAAGAGAAAGUAAUUGUGGAUGGCGAAGUAGAGAUGGAUAAUGAAAAAGACACAGUCAUGUCCCCAGUCCUCUUUGUCUAUGAGGAUCAAAGAAAAGAAGAGGCAGAGACAGAGUUCCUACCCACCCAGAAACAGCAAGGCAACGGGCUCGUUGCGGAGCAAUUGGAUGAUUUUGAGUUGGAGUCUCCUCCAAGCAGUAUUGCUUUAAGCAAACCCAUACCCAGUCAACAAAACAAGGGGGAGGAAUCAUGCAAAGAGAGUCAGCCAGCGAAAGAAAAGGCAUCCAAGAAACCUCAUACAGCUGAUCUGAAAGGCAAAAGAAAAGCACAAAGGCAAGAAAUCCUAGACCCACCCAUGUCAGCAGUGAGAGACGAGCCUGAAGUCUUAGUUCCUGAGAAAAAGACAGAAAGCGCUCGGAAGCAGCCGUUUGUUGGGGCACCUGCCCGUGUGGGACACGACAUGACCACUUUUCUACAGAAGCUAAGAGAAGCUACAAAGCCUAAACCCUCAUGUUCUAGGAAGUCUCUUUCACCAAUAAAAGCACCCCCUCCUCCUGAGCCAGAGGACAAUUUCCUGAUUUUGGAGGAUGAUUCGCCUCUUUGGUUUAGCAUCCCAAGUAAAAGUGCCACCAGUAAGAGACCGAACAAAACUUCCAGCAACAGCAAGGACGGCUCAGAUGAGAAGGGAGCAAAGGAUAGCCCCAUAGAGACUGAACAAAAACAGCAGGAAGCUGAACAGGCAAGAAGCAAACUGGGAAGUCAGACUGUCAAUCAGAAAAUCAAGAAGAUGAAAGUGAAAGAGAAGAAAAAUGAGGUGACUGAACCUGGAAAUGAUAUGGAUGAAUUGUGCAGUCCUGAGGAUCCUCCUGCAGAUGACCUAAUGACACAAGAGAAACCGAACAAAAACAAAAGACACAAGAAGGCAUCAGCGAAAGAAAGGGACCAGGCAGCGGAGCAGCCUGAACUGUGCAGUCCUGAGGAACCUCCUGCAAUUGACCUAAUAACACAAGAGAAACCAAACAAAAACAAAAGACACAAGAAGGCAUCAGCGAAAGACGGUGACCAGGCAGCGGAGCAGCCUGAACUGUGCAGUCCUGAGGAACCUCCUGCAAAUGACCUAAUGACACAAGAGAAACCAGACAAAAAGAAAAGACUGAAGAAGGCAUCUUCUAAAGAAAGUGACCAGGCAGAGGAGCAACCUAAAGACACAGCCAUGGAUGAAGAAAAGAAGCCCACUCUGGAAAAGAAAGCUCAGAACUCCUCUGACAUGAAGAGAUCAAAGUCUUUGAAAGAGGGGAAUGAAAAUGCCAAGACAAGCAGGGCUAAGUCAUUAAAGGGGGACAAAAAAGUGCCGCAGGAGUCAGGUGCAGUGAUAGAGAUGGUGCGUGUUGAGGCUGAGGAGGAGCAAAGUCAGGAGCCUGUAGAUGCUCUUCCAGAGAAAGAAAUCAUGAAUUCUGAAACACAAUCAGGUGAAAAGAAUAAACAGAACAGACCACUGGCCGUAUCUGAAGAGAGUUCAUCCGAAGACAUUCAGAUUCCUGGGAAAAGGAAAAGGAGGCAGCCUGGACAGUGGUGGGUGAGCGGCUCUCCGAGCACAGAGGAAACAAAGGUUUCAGACAGCGAGACCACCCUGAAAAAGUCAAGGCAGAGCAAGAAGGAGCCCAUCGCGACAGUCUUGUCUCCUGUAAAGACUAAGAAGGAUGGAGGUAUGAAAAGAAGGAAUCAACCUGCACCGUCACUUCGUCAGAAGACAAAUAAAGCUAAAGAAAAGAAAACCAGCCAGAACAGAAACAGAAAAACAAAAGGAGACACUCCAGCUAAGGUGAAAGCAUCAGAAGUAUUCGAUAUGGUUGAGGCAGAGCAGAUUGAAGAGCAGGAGGUCGCGGACGAAGACAUGGAGUCGAGCCCUUUGGUCUUUGCUCACAGAGAGCACAGCCAAAACAGAGGGGAUCAGGUAUUUCAAAGAGUCUACCAUCACGUCCCUAACGAAAAAGCGUCCGCCUCACCAGCGCCAGUCUCUCCCAGAGGACAGAGGGAGCAGCUCAGAUCGGUAGAACCUGGGAAACGGAGGAGGAGACCGACCGGUAACUGGUGGAUUGUUAAUGGCCUGUCUGAGGAUGUAGACAGUGUCUCCUUGCCGCCCCAGCAGCAGGGGCCCAAACCACGCAAGGACAGAAAAAAGCAGGCUAAACAGAGCAGAUCUCCUGGACUUGGGACGCCCAUAAAUGGCAACAUGGUUGUCUCUCCAAAACCACAAGGGGGCGCUCCUGUGCCUCGACUGAAAGUGAAGCCAUUGUCGUCUCCUAAGACUGUCAAACGCUCUCUGGCUAUGUUUAAUGACAUUUCCACUUCAGUCACACCGACUAUUGUGAGCAGUAAAGAAACGGGUCAGAGGAAAAAAUGUAAAGUUACUGCACAUCCUGCUGUGGAAGUGACUGUUACUGACUAUACAACACUUGGCAAGAAACAUGAAGAUAUUGUCAGUAUGGAUGCUGGUGAGUCCAUCAGCCCCCUGAACCAGGACGACCACUAUCAGUCAGAGAACACGUUAAAAGCCCUCAGAAGUGGGCCGUCCUCCAUGAUCGAGCUGGAACAGUUUGAGGAGAAUGAUGACAUGAUUCUGCCGUCAAACCGAAGCGAGGCUGUUCUGUCUGCUUCGGACCUGUGUGCUCCUCCUCUCAAACCGCUGAUCUUACAGCCGAAGGAUAAGGCCAACCUGAUAGAGUGGUUCAAGAGUCUCUGGUCUACCACCAUCGAAAAUGGUCCUGAGAUCAGUCCGGACCACUUUGAUUGGUACUUCUAUCAAGGCAGAGCGAUGGGCCUAAUGGUGGAUGUGAAUGGUGGCUCCUUCUGUAGUGGAAAAAUCCUGCUGGGCUCCUACAUGAAGAAGCCUCUGUGGGUGGAUCACAGCGCCACAACAGUUUUUAACUUACUAACAAGCUCUGUGAGUGUAACAGUCAACAGCAGGGAGUCCCGUUCCAGUCCAGGACAAUCUUUCAUGGUGCAAUGUGGACAUGCAUACAGCAUCCAGAACAUCACUGCACAGCCUGCAGUUCUGUACUUCACCAGGAUUUUAGCAGAAAGUUCAGAUUGAAGUGUUUUGUAUUCUUCCUUAAAAAAAAUGUCAGACGCCUGAAUUUGUGAUGUUAUUUCUGUAUUUAAGUGUGACUUAUUUUCUGUGAUGAAAUCUGAGAUGUAAAUAGACAUUUUCUGCCUUUUGGUUUUAAUGAUUUCAUCUGCCGUGACGCUUGUAAUGACUUAAAUCUGAUAAAACGGAUAAAAAAAAGACUUGUAAAUAAAGCUCUGUUCCUUUUUGAUACUUGA